AUGGUGAUGGACAAACCAAAGCCCGGAGAAUGCACAAAAGAAGAGGAAGCAGAACAAGUGAAAGCACACUGGGAGCCACAGGACGACAAAACGCUGGACGAACUCAAGCAAGCUAUUGUCACAGGACCAAUAUUGAAGAGACCCAAUCCAAAGAGACGAUUCUACUUGAAAACGGACUGGUCAAGCAACGCCAUGGGAGCGGUCCUCCUGCAAGCGGACACGACAGAAGAAGCAGAAGAAUCAAUGAGGAAAGAGAUCGAAGGAGGAAAAUGCAAGUUUGACAAAUCAAUGUCAAAACUCAGACUCCGAUCCAUAGCAUUCAUAUCGAGAAUAUGCAAGGGCAAAGAGCGUGACAACCAUUCCUUUGUAGGAGAAGCAGCAACAGGUCGAUGGGCGAUGAAGAACUUCAGACAAUGGCUCAUCGGAAAAGAAUUUACGUGGAUCACAAACUGCAACGGACUAACCAAGUUCUUUGAAGGCAAAUACGACAUCACACACACACACUGCAACAAUGGAAACUAG